CACGUCUCUCGUGGGUACUAAUUUUUAGCUGUUGUGAGGUUAAUUCAAUUUGAAGCCAGAUAGUUUUUGUUCAGAUUUUAUGAUUCCAACGAUGGAGCAGGAGAAGCAAAUGAAGCAGCAGAGCAGCUCCUCCAACGAUAUUAGCCUUAACAAACCCCUCCGUUGCAUCGUCAAACUGGGUGGUGCUGCAAUUACUUGUAAGAAUGAGUUAGAGAAGAUAAACGACGAAAAUCUGAAAAUAGCUUCUUCACACCUGAGACAAGCAAUGAACUCGUCUUCUUCUUCAAACAAAGUUAUUGCGAUGGAUUGGAGCAAGCGAUCAGGGGUUUCAGAGAUUUCUGCAUCUUUGGAUGAUUUUGGGGAUUUUCCAUUGUUGGAUUCGAGCAACUCUAUCGUCGUUCAUGGAGCAGGUUCUUUUGGUCAUUUUCAGGCAAGCAGGUCUGGAGUCCACAAGGGAGGAUUGCACUUGCCUCUUGUCAGGGCUGGUUUUGUGGCUACCCGAAUUUCUGUGACAUCUCUCAAUCUUGAAAUUGUGAGAGCACUAGCUAGAGAGGGAAUACCAUCCAUUGGAAUGUCACCGUUUGCUUGUGGAUGGUCUACUUGUGAAAGAAAUCUUGCUUCUGCUGAUAUAUCUCAGGUAGCAAAGGCUAUUAACUCUGGAUUUGUUCCUGUUUUGCAUGGAGAUGCUGUGCUUGACAAUCUGCAGGGCUGCACCAUAUUGAGUGGUGAUGUGAUCAUACGUCAUCUUGCUGAGCUACUAAAACCUGAAUAUGUUGUUUUCCUCACAGACGUUUUGGGAGUAUAUGACCGUCCUCCUACAGACUCAAAUGCAGUACUCCUAAGGGAGAUUGCUGUGGAUGAAGAUGGGAGCUGGUCCAUCGUGAAGCCACAAAUUGCAAACAUGAAUAAGAAAGUUGAAAUUACUGUAGCAGCUCAUGAUACGACUGGAGGUAUGUUAACCAAGAUAUCAGAAGCUGCAAUGAUUGCGAAACUUGGAAUCGAUGUCUAUAUUGUUAAGGCUGCAACGGACCACUCUUUAAGGGCUCUAAAAGGAGAACUGAAAGGCAACAUUCCUGAUGAUUGGCUUGGUACAGUCAUCCGAUCUUCAAGAUAGAAGCAAUGUUCCAACUUGAUUUUUUGAAUGCAUGCUCCAUGGAUAUCAUAUGAGCAUUGAUUCUUGAAAUAGAUUUAUCAAAACAAAUAUGAGAAACUUUUGAUUUGUAGAAGGCUUGGUUGUAUGA